AGUCAACUUUUAAUCCGCUUUUCGAUAAGUGCUCAACAGCGUGCCGCGAUGCUUCGGAAUAAGUCGUUUGGCGGCGGGUCGCGUUUCGCGAUAUUAGCGACGCUUCUGGGGCUGGGAAUUUUCCUACAAGGUUUCGGUGACGUUGUUGGCCACGAAGAGCAUGAUCCCCACUAUUGGCAGCAUCAGGCUCACGAGUUGCUGUUCGAGAAGAAGGAUUACACAAUGCAGAAAAUUAACAUCGCUAAAAACAUAAUGGUGUUCGUCGGAUCGGGAAUGUCCCAGGCAACAAUCACUGCGGCCCGAACCAUCAAUGGCGGCGACAAUGAAACAUUUGCCUUUGAGAAUCUAAAGUGGAGCGGAAAUGCCAGGACAUAUUGCGUUGAUAGCAGAGUUCCAGAUUCGGCUUGUGCCAGCACAGCAUUUUUGACUGGAGUUAAGAGUAAUGUAGGAACAGUGGCGAUGCAUCCUCAAGUGAAGCGGAAGGAGUGUGUUCCUUACAGUGACAAAACCAAGCAACUGGAGUCUAUUGCCAAAUGGGCGUUGGAUGCUGGAAAAGCUGUUGGUUUUGCCACAACGUCUCGCGUUACGGCUGGCUCGAAUGCGGCCCUGUACGCCAACUCGGCCGACAAGGACUGGGAGAAUGACGGCGCCGUGUCCGCGGCAGGAUGUAACCCGACCGAAGUCAGAGAUAUCGCCUACCAACUGGUUCACGGAGACAUUGGCAAACACUUUAAGGUUAUUCUCGGUGGGGGCAGGAAGAACUUUAUACCGACGUCGGAAAUCGACAAAACAGGAGCUCGUGGAUUGCGUGCCGACGGCAAGAAUCUCAUCGACGAGUGGAAGAAAUCCAAGACCGGAAAUGCCGUCUACAUCCAUUCGAAUUUCGAGCUCAAGUGUAAAAUCAAACACAAGGAAAUUGGAUAG